CUCUCUCUCUCUCUCCUCCCUGUCCUUGGGUGAGGUCCCUGGCAGUGCUUGUCUGCUGUCGUGGGAUCGGCAAGCCGGGUUUGCCCAGCAGAUACAUCCGAGCACAACGUCUCCAGGAUACAGAGCAGCAGCGGGGAGAGCCAUGCCGUCCCGCCGCGCAGUCUAAGCGCCGAGAGUGCACUGCACCAUGUCUGCCUCACAGGCUGAGGAGAAUGAGCAUGUUUUUGAUUUGAAUGAAGCCAUUCCAGAGACUGAACUACUAGACAGUAGUCUGCAAAAGGCCCGGGCGCAGCUGUCCGUGAAAGCCAGAAGACACCGCCCAUCUCGGUCACGGCUUCGGGACAGCGUCAGCUCUACAGAGGGAGAUGAGAGUCUGGAAAGAAAGUCACAGGACAGCUAUGGAAGCUCUCUGCACAGUGUCCGCUCUCCCCUCCACUCGACCCUGCGGGGGUCGUCACCCUCCCCGGACUCCCUGCUCUCCUCCUCCUCACCCGUCCUGAGGAGCCCCGCCUUCACCUUCGACACCGCCUUGGUCCGCCGCGCCCCGGAGGAGAGCGAGGCUGGGUCUCCCGUGCCCAGAGGACGCUAUAAACAGCUCACCAACACUUCAUCCCAAGAGGCCUUGUGCUCUACCCCGACCAGCUCCCCGUCAAAGUCCUGCCCCAGCUCUGAGGGCUCGCCACUCUACAUCCGCCAGGAGCAACGGCCGGAGAGCGAUGGUCACGGGGAAGAUGAUGCCCAUGACAGAAGCCUGGUAGAGCCAGACAGCCCGACAGUUAUCCUGGACAAGAAGACUAAGAGGAGAUUCCAUGAUCUGGGGGUUACCCUGCGGCGCUCUUAUGGAAAAGUCAGAAAGGAGAAGUCCAACAGAUUAUCAGUGGGCAACCGGGAGCCAUCGGAGAGCCCUUCCCGGUCCUCCGGGCCUCCGUUCGUGCCUUUCUCCUGGUUCAGCGACAGUGCCAGGGGCUCCACCUCCUCCUGCAGCACAGCCUCCUUCUCCCCAAAGGGAGGCACGCAGAGCUGCAGCCCGCGCAAGUCUAGCUCCCAGGAGUCUACUCUCAGUGAUGAAGUUAGCCCCCAGAGCCCGCGAGUGUCCGGCGGGUCAGUGGAAGAGUCCCGGUCCUCACACCCUUACAAGACCCUGUCCCAGUCUUCAGAUGAGCUCCUGGACGAGCCGCUGUGCCUGGUGUCCACCUGGAGCACCCAGCAGGUGUGUCAGUGGCUGAAAGGUUUGAAUAUGGAGCAGUACAUCCCAGAAUUCACUGCCAGAGACAUCGAUGGGGAGCAGCUGCUGCAGAUGGAUGGCAGUAAGCUCAAGGGCCUGGGUGUCAGCAGCUCAUCAGACCGCAGUGCACUGAAGCGCCGCCUCAAAGACAUGCAUGCUGCUGCGGAAAAGGAGCGCAAGGCCCAGGAGAAGCUGGAGAAACAGAAGGAGAAACAGCGCAAGAAAGAUCAGGAGCAACGCAAGAGCUAGAACCACCACUAGAGGGCUCCACACAGACACACGCAUGCACACACGUACACACACACACGCAAACACACACACACACACACACACACAUACACAAACACACAUGCAUAUGUAUUAUGUAGUAUACACACAGACACAUAGCUAUUCAGUGGUAUGAACGGGAAACUACUCAGCUCUUCCAAUAUUGCAGGAAUAUUUCUAUUGAAUAUCUACUACAUUUAAAUAUAUUGUCCUUCUUAGGGUACACCUUUUAUAUACUUAAUAUACAGCAGAGGGAGCUUUAAUGUAGGUUGAUAAGGUUUGACCUUUGCAAGAGAUAGGAAUAUGCACACUUUAUUGGAAGGAAAAGUGCUGAUACAGGUUUAAUCUGGAUAAACUAUUAUUUAUACUGCUGUACGCUGCAUUUUGCUGUAUGCCUUCCUGUCCUGACGUCUUUGCUGAGUUUGGUCACAGACUUAAAGGUUUCCCAAUAGACCAUUCAACAAUACCCCUAAAGACCCCUGCCAUAGGCCGAGACAUAGUGUAUCUCACAAAUUAUGACAACUACAGCCAACAUUUUCCCCCUCCCUUUCUUUCUUCUUUUCUUUCUUUCUUUCUUUCUUUCUUUCUUUCUUUCUUUCUGUACCAUGAACAUAACAGAUAGAGAACAAAACGCAAUGCAAUUUGUCACUAUGAUGUAUUUUUUGUUACUUCCUUUAAUUACCACUAAUUUCAAGCUAUAAUAAUAGUGUAUUAUCUAAGAAUUAUAGAAAAGUUAGCUGUUAAUGGCCUUUGUAUAUUUGGAGAUUACCUGUUGCCUUUUUACUUGAGGUUAUUGUUAAGCAACCAACAUGGUGAGCUUAGCUCUUCUGUAUAUGAGCAAAGUAUGGUGGAUAUAAAACUCUUCUGUGAAUUACUUAAAUGAAUCUGGGCCAAAUAUUCAGAUUCAAAAUCUAAAUAAGAGAAGAAGCCAUUGAAUGUUAGUAAAACAUGAAUAGCUGACUUACUGUGAACUGGGUAUCCCCCUCUUAAUGAAAGUUUACAAGGCAGUCCUUUGUGGAAAAGGUGAAUGUGUCAAAACAUAAAAUCCAGUACAUAUAAGGAAUAUAUUUGAAUAUAUUUCAAAUUAUAUGAAGUUGUAGAUUCCAUUUCACUUGAAUUUAUGCUCUAUGGUAAGGACUGUAUUGCAAAAUUCUUCCAUGCGUUGUGAAACAGAGUGUACAAUUUACGUAUGUAAUUGCGUGGUUGAAUUUGAAAUAAUCUUUUAUUUCAAAAAUAUUCCUUAUAUUUAAUACUUUACCAUGUGAUGUUACUAUCAGGAAUCAGGAUCACACAUUGUAUAUGAGGUGUACUGUAGAAGAAAUGUACUGUACUGCUACUUUUUAAUUGAAGAAGAAUGGUCCUAAAGUUAUUUGAAAGUUAUUUAUUUAUGACUAACAUUGUGUGAUUGUUUUCUUUGCUGUUGUCACUGUUGUUGUGUUUGAAGUUGAAGUGCUGUAUUGUGCAAAGAAUGCAUGUUGAUGAAACUUUGGGAACAAAUUUCCAAUGUUUUCUCUAUUUCCCAACAAGUAGACUGUAGAAAUGUGUAAGAAUGCUGCAUCAUUGUUCUGCAUUGGUUUACUUGUUUUAAAAUCAAUUUGUAGUGCUGUAAUUAUAUUACAAUCCCAUAAUGUAUUUUCCUUUUGACUGAGACAUUACAUUUUACAAAUUACAAAUUUGUUAUGAGAAUGUUAACUGAUCAUAUUAAAGAUGUAAUAGGGCCUCAGUGCUGCAAGUCUCUGGUUGAACAGAAUUCUUUAAUGUUUGUAAAACAACAAUAAUAGAUAGAUGCAAAUGUUAAAAUGUAGCAACCACGGUUAUCAAUACAACUAAUGUCUAAUUAGGCACAUUUGCUCAAGUUUUUUUUUUAACCCAGAGCUCCCAUUAUACAAUAUUUUAAACCAUAUCUGCUUUUAUGCAAGAUUGUCUUUGUGCACUUGUAUGAACAAAGACCAAUUUCUUAACUUUU